AAGGGACGGGGGCGGUUGGUGGCUUUCAAUAGGUCGCCACAGAGGGCGGCUAACGACCUUUUCUCUUUCUUUAAGACGUCUGGGAAACGUAGACCUCGGGAGGGGUGAGGUGCGCGCUGUUUGCGGCUCUCGUUAGAGCUGUUCUUCGAGCAUUAAGGGGCACUUCUGGGCGGAGGCAAGGGCAGAAUCUCCUGGCGAGAUGCAACUGGGGGAGCAACUCCUAGGCGGUUCUGCUAAUCUGCCGGGCGCUCCGUUUUAUCCGCUGGAAGCCGCGGGCGGGAGAGCCGGCGGUACCACGCGACAUCUCAACACUGGGUCGCCGCCGCGCCUGGACUUGGAGAAGGGGCCGAAAAAGUUCGGAGGCGCUUCUGGGCCGGCAGCGAGCCUGUUAGGUGAGGCCGAGGCGGCGGGCGAGACACCGCCCUUCGUCACUGCCGGACAGAUGCCAUCCAAAGCGGCGGCCGAGGUCGCGGAUGGCGGGCGUAAGAGCUCUCCGUGUCCAACUGAGGAAGACGUGUUGCCGCCGCCACCACCACCACCACCACCACCCCCGCCUGCGCGCUACGGUCUAGAUAGCCUGAGUCCUGAGCGGUACUACCUGCAAUCUCCCGGCCCGCAAGCUAGUGCCGAGCUGGGCAGUCCGUGCUCGCUUUUUCCGUACUCUGGGGCUGCUGGGAACUCGCAGUCCGGCUCCAUUUACCAGGCGCCCAGUGGAGCGCGCUAUCCCUACGGUUCUGUGCUGACGCCGCCGGGCAGCUUUUCGACGGCAGCGGUUAGGACGCCCUUCGCUGCAGCUGCGAGCACGUAUCAAUAUGGCCAAGGCGCACCUCCCGGUGGCCUCUAUAAUCCCUAUCCGGCGGCGGGGGGCUCCUGCGGCGGCCUAGGGGGACUGGCGAUGCCCGGCGGGGCAGGGGGGCUCCGGGCCCAGGUUUUCCUCUGCAAUCGGCCGCUCUGGCUGAAGUUCCACCGACAUCAAACCGAGAUGAUCAUAACCAAACAGGGCAGGCGGAUGUUUCCUUUCCUGAGUUUCAACAUAACAGGCCUCAAUCCUACUGCCCAUUACAACGUUUUUGUGGAAGUAGUGCUUGCAGAUCCUAAUCAUUGGCGCUUCCAGGGAGGAAAAUGGGUGACAUGUGGCAAAGCUGAUAAUAAUAUGCAAGGCAAUAAGGUUUACGUUCAUCCUGAAUCUCCCAAUACUGGAGCCCACUGGAUGAGACAGGAAAUCUCUUUUGGAAAACUCAAACUUACUAACAACAAAGGGGCUAAUAAUAAUAAUACUCAGAUGAUUGUUCUACAGUCCCUGCACAAAUAUCAGCCUCGUCUCCAUAUUGUGGAAGUGACAGAAGAUGGUGUUGAAGAUAUGAAUGACUCUACUAAAACACAAACUUUCAACUUUCCUGAAACACAGUUCAUAGCUGUUACUGCAUAUCAGAACACUGAUAUCACACAGCUUAAAAUUGAUCAUAACCCUUUUGCAAAAGGUUUCAGGGACAACUAUGAUUCCAUGUACACAGCUUCAGAAAAUGACAGAUUAACUCCAUCUCCUACGGAUUCUCCUAGAUCCCACCAGAUUGUCCCAGGAGCCCGGUACAGUGUACAGCCCUUCUUCCAGGAACAAUUUGUCAACAACCUCCCACCAGCUAGAUUCUAUAAUGGUGAAAGAGCUGUACCACAGACAAAUGGCCUCCUCUCUCCGCAGCAAACUGAAGAGGUGACUAAUCCACCCCAGAGAUGGUUUGUCACUCCGGUCCAACAGUCUGGGGCCAACAAACUGGACAUGAAUUCCUAUGAAAGUGAUUACUCUCCAAGUAGCUUACUCUCUUAUGGUAUCAAAUCCCUUCCCAUUCAGCCAUCCCAUGCAUUGGGGUAUUAUCCAGAUCCAACCUUUUCUUCUGUGGCUGGAUGGGGAAGUCGAGGCUCUUACCCAAGGAAAAUGUCUACCGGUUUACCUUGGACCUCAAGAACAAGCCCUCCGGGUUUCUCCGAAGACCUCCUUUCAAAAGAAAAAGUGAAAGAAGAAAUGGGGUCAUCUUGGAUUGAGACACCUCCAUCCAUAAAAUCUCUAGAUUCAAAUGAUUCUGGAGUUUAUAGUGGUGCUUGUAAAAGGCGGCGAUUGUCCCCAAACAGCUCCAGCAAUGAAAACUCUCCAACAAUGAAAUGUGAGGAUAUGAAUGCUGAGGAUUAUGGCAAAGAUGUUUCUAAAGGCAUGGGCUACUAUGCUUUUUAUACCAGUUCUUAAGUGUUUCGAGUCCUGGUGUCCCAACAUUUGACUAACUGUACAUGUUCAGUGGUGGUGCUGAGAUCCCUUGGUGAGGAACCUUUGGUAUCGUCACCUUUUGAAAUGGUCUUGUGCAAUUCUAUAGAAUGUGCCAAAGUUUUUGUCUGACUUCCACAGAAAAAAAAAUGGAAGAAACAAAAUAGCACUAAAAAAAAAAAUUAGUCUCUUCUGCUCAUUCCCAAGGUUUAAGGGAAAAUGCUUAAGUGGUAUUCUAAGAUUAAAUUAGCUUUUCCUUUGGAAUGGUUAGAAAGGGAGGGGGUAAAUAAUACAUAUCCACAUUUUAAUUAAUGGUUAUGUUUUAUGCAUUGCCAAUCAAUUUUAAAAAAGGAAAUUCUAAAUUUCCUUUAGAAAUCUCUGUCAAAAAGGAGUCUAAAUUGGAUCUGUUUUUGCUCACUAUCUGAAAAAUAAUCAAAGGCUUUUCCUUUAGAGCAAUUUUUCAUGACAUAUGCAAGAACAAAAGUUUUAGUUUAGCAAUUAAAACUUUUUUUUUUUUGGACCAGGGACUUUUGAUCUCAUGGCAGUGAAAUAUUACUACAAAAAUAGCAAAUAAUGAUUCCAUAUAACAUGUACAGCUCUGUGUCUAGGCAUAAUUGUAGGCUAUGGCAAAAUACUCAAUUUACUUCUAGUUAGGACUGCAGUUGAAGAGGAUAUGCUGGGAGUUCUUCAUUUAAGCAAAUUCUAAAUUGAAAGUGGGCACUAAAGCUGUGAGUAUGUCAAAAUGUCUAUUUAUUGGUAGGUAGUGAGUGUAUUUUUUCAAUUGUUUUAUAUGGAAAGUGUUGUGCCUCUUGUUUUCACAGUCUAUAAAUAGU